AGCAACGCAGCUACCAAACAGAGCAACAAAAGAAAAGGUUGCUCUGUCCCUGCUCUGCUCAAACAACCAUGGCAGAGCUCGAGAACCCGAAUGUGAUGCCGAAGCUCAUAGCCUUCCUAUCUUCUCUGCUUGAGCGGGUCGCUACAUCGAAUGAUCUCAAUCAACAGCAGCAGAAGAUCUCGGUCUUCCAUGGCCUGACCCGACCCACGAUCUCGAUCCAGAACUACUUGGAGAGGAUCUUCAAAUACGCGAAUUGCAGCCCCUGUUGCUUCAUAGUAGCCUACGUCUACUUGGACCGGUUCGUCCAGAGGCAGCCUUCUUUGCCGAUCAAUUCCUUCAACGUUCACCGGCUCCUCAUCACCAGCGUAAUGGCAGCCGCUAAAUUCAUGGAUGACAUGUACUACAACAAUGCGUAUUACGCGAAGGUUGGGGGAAUAAGCAUGGCGGAGAUGAACUUCCUCGAGUUGGACUUCUUGUUCGGGUUAGGAUUCCACCUGAACGUGACCCCGACCACGUUCAACACGUACUGCACGUACCUCCAGAAAGAGAUGCUGCUGCUAAGCUCUCCUCUGCCAGCUUCUUCAUCCUCUUCAUCCUCUUCCUCAUCAGAGAUCGGAAGGCCGAUAAAAACGGCGGUCCACAUCCGGCUCAACGGCGAGGUGGACGAUGCUUCCCAUCACAAGAAUAAGCAGCAACUAGCAGCUGUAUGAGGAGAUAGUCCGUCUCUCUGCCCCUCUUCUCCGUUUCUCUUUGAUUUCAUGUAGUUAAUGUUGCCUUUUUAGUUAGAUUCAGUGACAGAGGCUCUCUGCCCCUAAUUUUUCUCUCUUUCCUUCGUUCUCUUUAAUUGGUCUGUACAGAAUGGGAAUUUCCUUUUCUCUUUUUUUGGAUUUAAUUUAAUUUACCCUCUGGCAUUGGGCAAAAUUGAGUUGCUUGCUUAAGGAGAUGCCUUCGAUUUCCCAUUUUUUUUUUCUUCUUCUUCUUGUUUUUUUUUUUUUUGGGCAUGGAA